AUGGCAUCACGUCUCAUAUUAUGGCUAGCGCUGUGCGUGGUUCCCUAUGUGAGCGCCUUCAACCUCUACCCUCCAUAUGACCCGACGGCCUUAGCCAAGGUUCUCAACAUUACUACCACUUGUCUCGAGGCAUUAAACGAAACUGUGCCAGAAUGCGAUGAUACGCUCUUCCAUCUGGCGGCCGAAGUCGAUCGCUACUGGUGGGAGGACGACAAUGUUGCCGCACUAUGCAGUGGAAACUGUUCUGUUGCGGCCAAGUACUGGGAUCUUAACGUGGCCGGGGCGUGUGACGAACAGUACCUGCCAGUGUAUGGCAAGAUGAUUCCCGUGAGCUCGGUCUCGGGUCGCUACGUGGACGGUCUGAACCUGGCCUGUUUAGGCUCCACGACCAACGACACUUGGUGUGUGGUCGAGUCGCAGGGGUGGCAGGGCUCUGACGUCUAUCGGCCAGAUUGCGAGGCGGAUCCCACAGAUCCCGCUUGUGCAAACAAUGGGGCCGACGUGCCAUCGUAUCAACGUUUGGCUGAUUUGUAUGAGGAUGAUAUCUUAUGCAACGAUUGUUUCAUCCAGAUGCUGUAUCAGCGGGUGACCAGUCCCUUCCUACCCGUCAGCAACUAUUCCGACUUCCUGGUGGACCAGCUGCAGGAUAUUGGGGACAUCUGUUCGACCACCCUCCCCAAUAUCACCACGCGUGAUGUGCCGACCUACCAGCCGGCUCCGACACCUACGGUGACCCGCAAUGUCACCGCGACUACCUCACCCACUGUUACCCCAACCUGCCUGGGCCAGAUGAUCACCGGUUCAGGCUGUGACACUCUCUCCCUCAAAUUUGGUGUCACCACAGGCGAUCUGCAAGCUUGGUCGCGCAGCGCUACGUGUACCAUUUCCGGCUCUCUUUGCCUUCCGGCCGCCUGUGAGUUGCAACUCGUAACAAGCGGAAGUACAUGCGAAUCUCUUGCUCAAGGAGCGCCGGGAAACAUCACUCUGACCCAAUUCUUCAAGUGGAAUCCCAACAUCAUCGGCCUGUGUGAUCGGCCGACGGUGGGCCAAUAUGUCUGUAUUGGCGCACCUGGCGGUAGCUAUGCACUCGCAGCACCUCCUUUAGGCAGUGACGGUGACGUUGGCAACCAGCAACGCGGGGGGUCCGACGACGGCAGUACCUCCAACAGCACCACUUCAUCCAGCACGCCGAGCAGCACACAGGCAAGCAGCACCAGCGUGGCCGUACCAGGCCCGACACAGACAGGCAUCGAUCCCGCCUGCAACAAAUACGCCAAGGCGCCCGUAGGGGGCAACUGCAUUGACUUUGCUUCAGACAACGGCAUCACCCCAGCGCAGCUAUACGCGUGGAACACCGUCUUAGGCCAGAAUGGUGCAUCAUGCAGCACCCUUUUCUGGGGAAAUGAGUACUACUGUGUUGGUGUGGCGGGGGACAGCAGUAGCGGAUCGACAACCACUACUUCGCCGUCGACGACGUCUGUUACCGCACCAGGCCCGACGCAGUCCGGGAUCGUGAGUACCUGUAAUAGCUUCGCUGAGCCAGCGGCCCAACAGGGCUGCUAUGACUUUGCCCAGGCGCACGGCAUCACGCUGGCCCAGCUGUGUUCUUGGAAUUCCGUCUUGGGGAGUGAUUGCGGGAACUGCGGCUCGUCAUUCUGGGGUGGGACAUACUACUGCGUGAGAGUCAGUAGCUGA